UAGAUGGUUUCUUCCAGUCACUCCUCUUUUUCCCAAGUGACCAGGUGAUUCUGGGCAGACUUCUGAUCUUCAGAUCUCUUUUCGGAGUUUCAUUUUCUGGCCUUAGGGUCUCAGAGGAAGAAUAUCUAGGACCUAGAUCUAUUGCUUAUGCAAUCAAACACUCAUAUCUACGAUGUCGUCAGUCAAUAUGCUGACAUGAUGUAUCAAUUUCUCAACUAUUAGAACUGUUAUGAUGAAAGUUCCAUCCAAUAUUGUUUUGAACUUCCUCUAAUUUGAGAUGGUAGGGCCAGAUCAGUCUGGUUAAUGAUAUGUGAUGCAGGAUGAAGUUCUAUGUCCACCGGGAAGACAACCCUCAGUACACAGUGGUGUUCAGCUGGGAAGAACAACAUGAAGGAACUAUUGGAAAUCUUUUAGAGCAAUUCAUAGAGUCCUACAACCAGAAGUUCCAAGGUGUUUGUGAACUGGAUGUUGAAGAUGUUUUUGUCACAAAGUCUCCAAGCUCAAGGCAGGCUUUGUCCAAUGAGGAACAAGUGUCCAGAAUGGUGCGAGACCAGGAGGAUAUUUUUGUGAUGUCCAAAGGACCACCUGCAGUUACUGAGCCAGUGCCUUCUGCACAAAGCAGUCAAGUAGAAACAGAGAAAGGUGAUGACAACAUCCAAACCAGUACUUUGAGAGAAGAAGCAUCUAAUGCAGCUGAAGUGCCCUCUCGUACCCAGACUGAUGAUGACAUAGAAGACUUUGAGGACAUGAGGGACUUGCUUGAGGGGGAGUCUCCUGGAGGAGAGCUGAGGAGCAGCCCACAGAGGAGACAUUCCUGGGAAGGGUCCUUCGACGACGUCUCCAUAGCCAAUCUACAAAUAGCACAACUCAAGAAGGAAAGGAACAAAGAGCUGAAUACAGGACAUGAUGCCCAGCAGGUUCUGAUUGCCAAGUGUAUGCAGAAUGCACAGAGACUGGUGGAGCAGAAACACUGUGACGAAGCCGUCAAAAUCUAUGCACAAAUUGAAAGACUGUUCCCCCACCAGAAGGAGUGCCUGCUAGGGUUGGCAUCCAUCUAUAGGAAUGCUGAGCGCCCUAAUAAAGCCCUGGACUACCUCAGAACAGCCGUAGACGCUUUUCCUGAUCAUGCAGACCUCAAAUGUCGCCUUGCAGACUGCUUGCUUGAGCUUGGCCGUGGGAAGGAGGCAAGCCGACUCCUGUUUGAAGCUAAGGACAUGAUGGAGAAGAAACCUGAAACCAAACCCUCCCAGCUGUUUGAUAUUCAGGUGCAGCUUGCAAAGGCCUUUAUACUGCUGGGGAAACACACAAUGGCUCUACAGAUGUGUCAGGCAGUGGUGAAAGAGAAAAAGGACCACCUGGAGGCUCUGUUAGAGUACGCCGAGCUGACGUACAAAAUGAGUCCAAUACAUGCCAAGGAGGCUCUGACCAUCGUCAUGACCCUCAUGGUCAACAAGAAAGACUGGAUGUUACCCAGAGACCGGUUGGUCAACAUGAUGAAAUACAUUCCUAAUGGUCUCAAGAUACUAGAGGGGGAAAUCCAUGAAGCCAUCAAGUCAGUUCCUGCUCUGGUCUUCUUGUCCAAUGUCUUUAGGGACCAUGGAGAUGUGUCCAAUUCUGCCCAGCUCCUGGAGCAUGCCAUGCAGGUGGAGCCGGCCCACUGUACUGCCUUCCUCUCACUCAUCCACAUGUUUGAGGUGCAGGACAGGCACGGAGAAGCUUUCAAAAGGAUAAGGACCUUCUUGAAGCAGCAUCCUGACAUGUCCAUCGCUGGUCUCAAAAACAAAGUGUUUCUGCCAAUUCUGAAGGCAGUUAAGGAGGACAUAUAUCUCCAUGCCACAUAUCCCAGAGUGUCUGGGAUCUCAGCUGAUGUCCAGCCGCCCCAACAGAGGGCCUACAAUGAUCAGGAGCUCAACCUGUUGGCUGUCAUGUUCACACUGGUGAAGAUACUCUUUGUGAAGGGAGCCCUGGGGCUAGUGCCUUCUUUCACAAAACUGCUUGAUCCAGCACAUGCAGACAGGGACUUACACACAACUCUGAUAAGAAAUGAAGCGGCAUAUUACUCUACCAUAAGUCAGGUGAUGAAGAUAAAACUGAACCCUGCCUGCCUGGAGAACAGCCCCCAGUUUGUGUACCUGGCUGGGGACAGUCACUGUAUCACUCCUGCAUGGAGGUCUGUUCAGUACAAGGGUUCCACCCAUGUCAUCCAUCCCCUUCUGUCCACCGGCACAAAGAUUUGGCACAUGAGACCAGAGGCCAAAUUCUUCACCAAGGAGAACUUCUACAACGUCAUGAAGAAGGCACCGAGAAAGUCCACCGUGAUCUUCGUGUUUGGAGAGAUUGACUGUCGUGAGGCACUGCCUGUGUGCGUCGCCAAGUGCAGAUAUGACACCAUGGAAGAUGGCAUCAGCAGACUGCUAGAGAUCUACACCCAGGCUCUACUGGUGCUGAAGAGGAAGUACAAGUUCACUGUGUUUGUUCACCCAGUCCCACCUGUACUAGAUCUCACCAGACAAACUGUGAUGAAGUUUAACAAGGCCCUGAAGUCCAAGGUGGAAUCCACGUCAGGUCUACACUGGCUGGACUUUGUGGAUGAACUGCUGUGUGAUCAUGGGACCAUGCUCGACUCCAAAUUUGAGUUUGAUGGCACACACCUGCACCCUUGCUAUGUGGAGAGACUUGAAAAGGCCUUGUCCGAGGCACAGGAGAGAAGAACCACCAGCAGUCCCAGGAAGUGACAUCAUAACAGGAUGUGACAUCACAAUGAACUGAUGACAUCAUGA